AAAUGAACACCCUAACAUCGACCUACUUCCUUUGUAAACACUCCAGAGAGGAAGGCGAACCGAGAGACCUGUGGAUUAACAUUUACAAGGACUGCACUCAAAUUUUGAGAUAUUCGCUGCUAUUAAUGUCUCACAAACAAUUUUUAACAUGAAGACUGCGGCGGUGGCCGUAUCAUUUUUGGCUUUUUUGCAAGCAGUGUCCGUGGGCUUGUCCAGCGCAGAAUGCAACAGCUGCCCCAACAAUGACUUCAUGUGUGGGAACAAGUGCGUGUGCAUCCCCAACAACUGGGUCUGUGACGGAGAUGAGGACUGUGAGGAUGGGAGUGACGAAGAGUGUGAGAAAUGCCCAGAGACAGACUUUACUUGUAGUAAUGGCCACUGCAUCCAGAUGAAGUGGGUGUGUGACAAGGACAACGAUUGUGGGGAUCUCUCGGAUGAACUUAGUUGCCCUCAGCGUAAUUGCUCCAAUGAUGAAUUUCUCUGUAACAACGGCAACUGUGUUCCCAAAGAAUGGCAGUGUGAUGGUGAAGAUGACUGCGAGGACAGCUCUGAUGAGCACUGCACUCACAAUGAAUGCACGUCGGAAGAGUUCCAAUGUGGUGAUGGUACGUGUAUCUCCAAACCCUGGAAGUGUGAUGGAGAACCGGAUUGUGCUAAUGGUAGUGAUGAGCAGGAAUGUGAUGAGAAACGUCCAAAGUGUAACAAAGAAGAGUUCCAGUGUAAAUCAACUUUUAAGUGUAUCAGACGUGAGUUUCUCUGUGACGAUGAAAAUGAUUGCGGAGAUGGAGAAGAUGAAACGGGAUGUGGGAACUGCCAGAGGGGAGAGUUCAACUGCAGCAGUGGAAUCUGUAUCAACAAGAGCUGGUGGUGUGAUGGCGACUUUGAUUGUGAUGACCAUUCGGAUGAGGCCAACUGCACUCUGUUGCCUUGUACUUCUGAGCAGUUUCGCUGUGACAGUGGCUUCUGCAUUGACAAGAAGCUCCGCUGCGAUGGCCAGAAAGAUUGCGCUGACCAUAGUGAUGAGAAAGGCUGCAGGCCCAAAAAGUGUCGCUCAGAUCAGUUCAGUUGUGACGGUGGGAAAUGUCUUGGUCUUCACAAAGUCUGCAAUGGCAGAAAUGAAUGUCAGGACGGCUCUGAUGAAUCUUCUUGCGAUCAUGUGACCUCAUGUGCUGUAAACAAUGGCGGAUGUUCACACAACUGUAAGCCCACGCCUCACGGAGCCAGAUGUUGGUGUCAUCCUGGUUACAAGCUUGCAGACAAUAAAACUAUUUGCAGAGACAUUGACGAAUGCUCGUUGGAAGGAGCCUGCAGCCAAAUCUGUCGAAACACUGAGGGCUCAUUCCAGUGUUCUUGUGUGUCUGGUUAUCAACUUAAACCUGACGGCAGAGGAUGUAAGGCUUUAGGUGGUGAGGCCUACUUGAUCUUCGCCAACAGAGUGGACAUCAGAAGAGUUACUCCUGACAAAACUGACUACACGUCCAUUUUGCAAGGUCUGCAGAAUGCUAUUGCCUUGGACUUCCACCACCAGAAGGGUUUGGUGUUCUGGAGUGACGUGACUCUGGAUGUCAUCAAGCGAGCUCAUCUCAACGGCAGCAAUGUUAUGGAUAUAGUAUCCGAUGGCCUGGAAAAUCCAGGUGGACUGGCUAUUGAUUGGAUCCAUGACAAGUUGUUCUGGACAGAUGCUGGUACGUCCAGGAUAGAAGUCUCGAAUCUAGAUGGAUCUUCAAGGAAAGUCAUCUUGUGGCAAAAUUUGGAGAAGCCUAGAGCAAUAGCUGCCCACCCAAGACAAGGCCAAAUUUUCUGGACUGAUUGGGGGACGACACCAAGGAUAGAGAGAGCUGGUAUGGACGGGAGCCUGCGGAUGAUAUUGGCUAACUCAUCCUUGUUCUGGCCAAAUGGAUUGACUGUGGACUAUGCUGCAGAGAGGCUGUACUGGGCUGAUGCCAAGCACCACGUUAUUGAGUGUGCCAACCUGGACGGGACUCAGCGUAGGACUGUCAUCAGUGAAGGCCUGCCUCAUCCCUUCGCUCUGACCAUAUUUGAGGAUGAGCUAUACUGGACUGACUGGUACACUAAGAGUAUCAACAAAGCCAACAAGUUCAGUGGCAGCCGUGUUGAGACCAUCAGGUCCAGUCUCUUCUUCCCGAUGGACAUCCACACUUUCCACCCGCAGAGACAGCCUCCAGCCAAAAACCUGUGUGGUGCAAAUAAUGGAGGCUGCAGCCAUCUGUGUCUGCCCAAUGAGAGUGGCUUCACCUGUUCCUGCCCAACUGGAUUAGUUCUUAACAAAGAUAGAAAGAACUGUGCUGAAGUUAUGGACACCUUCGUACUGUUCUCGACACAGUCUGACAUCCGCAGGAUUUCUCUCGAUGUUGGAGAGCUCAUGGAUGUGGUUAUACCUUUGGGUGGAGUCCAGAGCGCUGUAGGGGUUGAGUUUGACAGCAUUACAGACUCCAUUUACUGGACUGAUGUUGGGGCUGACAGCAUUGGCAUGUCUUCAUGGGAUGGCAAAAAUGAAAAGGUUAUUGCUAGUUCCAGUCUUGAUUCACCGUCUGGCAUCUCUUUUGAUUGGGCGGCCCAGAAUCUUUACUGGACUGAUAGUGGUAAUGACCGCAUUGAAGUGUGUGCAACGCAGACCAAACUGAGGACUGUAUUGAUAUGGAGAGACCUGGACCACCCCCGUGACAUUGUGGUCCAUCCACAGAGAGGAUACAUGUUUUGGACUGAACUUGGUGAGUCUGCCAAGAUUGAACGUGCUAGCAUGGAUGGCACUGAGAGGCAGGUCAUCAUUGGAAGCAACACCACUUGGCCAAAUGGACUGGGUUUGGAUUUUGAAACUGACCACUUGUAUUGGGUAGAUGCUGGGACACGGACCCUGGAGUCCUGCACACUGAGUGGAGGGGACAGAAAGGCAAUCAUUUCCACUGGACUUCAACAUCCCUUUGGAGUCACUGUUUUUGGUCAAGUUGUGUACUGGACUGAUUGGGACACAGGAAGUAUCCACUACGCGGAUAAGACCACUGGAGGAACGCAAGGUGUAGUGGCCUCAGGCUUUGGCCAAAUCAUGGACUUAAAGGUGUUUCACCGGAAGAGGUCACCAGUUGUCACACCAUGCAGCCAGGGUAAUGGAGGUUGUAGCCACAUCUGCCUUCUUAACCCAAGAGGUCACACUUGUGCUUGUCCGACUGGAAUUAUCAUGAGCAGUGAUGGUAAACAGUGUCAGUCUGAAAUGAGGAACUUUCUGAUUUUUACAAGGCGGCAGGAAAUUCGUAAAAUUUCUCUGGAAGUGGAAUACUUUAUGGAUGUGGUGAUACCAGUUGGAGAUCUGAAGAAUGCAAUAGCCAUCGAUGUAGAUGUGGUAGAAGGUAAAAUGUAUUGGACCGACACCUGGCUAGAUAAAAUCUCCAGAGCCAAUCUGAAUGGCUCCAAUGUGGAGAAGAUUAUAGAGCAUGGCAUCCACACAGCAGAUGGUUUAGCUGUGGAUUCUGUUGGACGCAAGCUCUACUGGACAGAUGAUGGCCACAACAGAAUACAGGUAGCUAAUCUUGAUGGCACAAUGGUGACUGUAUUGAUCUAUGAAGACUUGGACAAACCACGCGCCAUUGCAUUACACUAUGAUAAAGGAUACAUAUUUUGGACCGAUUGGGGCUCAAACCCUCGUAUUGAGAGGGCAGACAUGGAUGGUAAAAACAGGCAAAUUAUUAUUUCUGAGGGUAUUGAGUGGCCCAAUGGUUUGACCAUUGACAGACCAACUAAUAGAAUUAUUUGGGCGGAUGCAAGGAAAGAGUUGAUAGAGUGUGCAGAUCUCUCUGGCAAAAAUCGACGUAAGCUUGUGACCAAGGUGAGUCACCCCUAUGGCCUGACCGUUGCGGGUAACUCCAUCUACUGGACAGACUGGAGGGAAAGUUCCAUUCAUGAGGCCAACAAGAACCUGGUGGCCAACGUGACUAGGAUUAAAAAUAACUUGCAUGGCAUCAUGGACAUUCACGCUGUCCAGUUUGACGGCAUACAGACCCAUGUGAAUCGCUGUGGUAAAAACAACGGAGGCUGCAGCCAUCUCUGUCUGCCAAAUCCAAGGGGAAUUUCUUGUUUGUGUCCGACUGGCAUUCUGAUGAAGGAAGAUGGAAAGACUUGCAGAGAUGCUCCAACCAAGUAUCUUCUGUUUGCUGCAAGGGAGAGCAUCCGGCGUAUUUCCUUGGACACUUCGGAUUACACUGACGUCUACUUGUCCUUGCCUGAUCUUCACAAUGUCAUAGCCUUAGAUUAUGAUUAUCAUGACAACAUGGUCUAUUACACAGAUGUCUAUUUAGAUGUCAUCAGGCGAGCAUCACUGAAUGGCAGCCAGUGGCUUGAAAACAUUGUGCUGAAAGAGUUGGCAACAACUGAUGGAUUAGCCGUGGAUUGGAUUGCUCGUAAUCUUUACUGGACAGAUUCAGGUCAUGAUGUAAUAGAAGUCUCAAGACUGGAUGGGUCCAGUAGAAAGACAAUCAUCCAGCAAGGACUGUUUGAGCCGCGUGCCAUUGCUUUGUUUCCUAAGAAGGGGCUGAUGUUUUGGACAGACUGGGGAGCAGAACCAAAGAUUGAAAGAGCUUACCUUGAUGGGAGUAGCAGGAAGAUUAUCAUUGACAGUCAGCUUGGCUACCCCAAUGCCUUGUCUAUUGACUAUGAUACCAUGAGGCUGUACUGGGUGGAUGCCAAGUUGGACAAAAUAGAAACCUCUGACCUCGCUGGUAGACACAGGAUGACCAUCAUUCAAAAUACCCCACACCCAUUUGGCCUGACAGUGUUCCAGGAUUACAUUUACUGGACAGACUGGCAGACAGAGAAGCUGGAAAGAGCUAAUAAAUUGGAUGGAAAGAAUCGAGUCACCAUACAGAGUCGACUAGAGGGCCUAAUGGAUGUGCAUAUUGUGGCAGCAGACAGACAGACAGGGAUCAACAACUGUAGUUUUAACAAUGGAGGCUGCACACACCUGUGUCUGGCCAGACCUGAUGGUUAUGUCUGUGCAUGUCCCAACACACAAGAUGCCAGGCCUUGUAGAACAAUUCCCUACCACUCGGCUCAAGAUACUCCAAACAUCAUCAACAUCGACAUUAACGCUGUUCAUCCUUGUUCAAGUGAAGACAAAGCCCUUGGUGUUUGUGAUGAGCAGUCAGGUGACUCGGCUUCCUCCACAGAAACAGCUGAUGAGGACCAUGACACAGUGCCCUAUGUUGUCGUGGCUGUCACUUUGGGUGUUUUGAUUUGUCUGUUCAUUGUUGCUGCAUUCUUUGUCUGGAAAAGGCAGCGUAGGCGUCACUACAAUGUUGAAGAGUUCUCUGCCCUGACCUACUCCAAUCCUACAUAUCAGAAAGCCAGCACAGAAACCAUCAACUCUGAGAAUAGAAAAACGUAUGCCCUCUUCCGUUACCAUGCCAGUGAUGAGCAGCUGACAUCAUGCCUGGGGGAUACAGACUGUGGGAUGAACCAUAAAGAAACAGUUGCUCUCAUGCAUCCACACACCACAGGACUGGGAGACGCCCACAGUGCUUUAAAAGUUGGGUCCUUCAAAUCCAGACAGACAGCAUCAGACGGGGCCAGCAGUGAAAGAAAUUCAGACAUUGGUUAUAAAUCAGUCCUGUCAACAUGACAGGAUGGCAGGCUGUCAGUACUGACAAGUUGUUUGUAAAUAGGACUACCAGAGCUGUGAUAUGUACAGACCUUAUAUGUGUUUCUACAAUUUGUUUGGAUGGUUGGGUCACUGUGUUUGCGACAAGGAAAAGUUUGAAACGUUUUUGUAACAUGACACAUGCCCCCCUGACUUUGUCAUGUCAUGAAUAGUGAAAAUAUAAAAGUGACUGACCGAGUGUCACUCUUGAAGUUCAUUUGUUACGCUACUAAGCAUAAUGCAUGCAUUUAUGUACUUUUGAUAAUCCAUUCAUACAUGUAUUUAUAAGAUGGACUGGAAUAGCCACAGGUAUCAGGUCCAUAGCUUAACCUGACAUCAUGUUUGUAUACUACAUACAUAAUGGAGAACAAAUUAUAGGGCCUACAUAUCAUAUGGAAGUGUCUCAUUAAGGCUAAAUUUCAUUCACAAGUGAACCUAUUUCUCUUUCAUACAUAUUCCUUCAUAUAGUAUGUAUCAGGGACCUACAUUUCAAUACAGAAGCAUAUUUAUUUAGGACCAACAUCUCGUACAGAAAUCUAUCUAUAUUGAACUUUCAUUCAUAAGUGAACCUCUUGUGUAGGUGUUCCUCUAUGCGAUAGCAUAUAUCUCAAGAAGUGUACCCAAAUAGGUCCUACAUCUCAUAGUAAAGUGUCUCUCUAUAGAUCAGUAUUUCUUAACCUGUUGGGCAUUGUGAUGUGCUGACUAGUAAGCUAUGGUCGUUUUUAUCAAGGGACAAAAAUUUUGUAUUCUGGCUCUAAAUCAUAUUUAAAUAUUGAUCAAGUAAAAAUGAUUACCAGUUCAAUAUUCAAAUAAUGAUACAUCAUUUCAUAUUCUAAGUAGGGCCUUUCAUACCAUUUUCACAACAUCAUCAACCAGAAACAUUCUUUCGCCAGGCACGACAUGGCCUAAAUUGUGCCGAUGUGCCUCAAAUCAACAAUCAAUCAACAAUCAUUCUUUCGAAGAAAUUUCUAUACAUCUCUGCUUAAAGUUAUUCUUCCACCCCUCAUUCAGAAUGCACAACCAAAACUAGCCCAGUACAAAACAUCUUGCUGGACAAGGAAUGUGAUCUUACUUGAUCAAAUCCAUUACAACUAUAUAUACACUUCAAUAUCAGCCCACUUACUCCUUCUUAAUUUAACUUUACUUGACCUGAGCUAUUUUUAUUAGAGCUAAUGCAUUGUAGAGUCCAGGAGAAUGUUUUUUGAAGCUCAGAAUCCAUGAAAAUCUGGCGCCAAAGCUUCGCCCAAGAUUCUGCUGAUGAGGCUUAAUUCUCCCCAGACUCACUAGCAGACUAUCUAUAGUGUAUAUUUCAUACAGAGUUAUGUCUCUAUGUGACCUACCUUUCAUUGACUUAACCUUUUUAUGCAUGUUAUAUUUCAGACACAAAAUGUCUCCAUAUUUUGUCGACUUAUUCAUAAUUGAAUAUCUGAGAGACUUUUUGUUAAACUGAAGUGUAUGUCUAUGUGCCCUGCAAGAGUCUAUCCUCAUGUGGCCUACAUUUCUAAUUAGUUUAAAUUUCUUGUUCAAAUGUAUCUGUAGAAAAUGUGUUCAUGUUUAAACCUUAUGAUAUGAAUCAAUGCCUAAUGCUUUCUCUAGUUUUUUAUUGUAUGAUUAUUUUAUAUCACUGAUGUAUUCACAGGAUCAUUGCAAAGUCAUGUGAUAUUGUUGAUUCAUUGCUUGUUCAUAUGUAAUAAUUAGUUUGCCCAAAGAAGGCUUAAUAUGAUGAUAUUAUUAUUAGAUAAGUAAUUAGAGUAGAAUGUAAAUAUUUUGUAUUUGUAUACAAAAUAAAUGUGUAUAUAGAAAUGUUUUAGUCAUAGUAGAUGUUGCAAGACUUUUAGACUAGUGGUUUAGUUUUGUCCAAUUUGGACUAGCAUUCUUAGAAUAUUUCAAAAACAAAAAAAAAAACACAAUUACAUGAUGUACUGGUACCUAGCAAUCAGCUGCUGAUUGCCACCUUUUUAAGCCAAAAAAUGAACACAAAUGAUAAACCUAAGAAAAAAUGCACAACGUUUGAGCUUCAAAGGUCUGAAUAAACAGUUGGUAUUAAACCCAAAUUGCUGUAAUCUAGGUUUAUUAGACACUGAUAAUGUGAUAUGGUAUCUUUAUUAAAUAGAAAGUUGUGUAUGUUUUUUUUAGACAUUCUUGUUUGAAAGGGAGAGCCAGUCUUGUACAAUCUAGUAUGUGCCCAAGUAAAAUGUGUAACGUUUUUUAGACCUACACAAACAUUUAUCAGUUAUAUCAUUUAGAAGUACAUCAUAGGACUCCAGUUUCUUACUCCUGCAAGAGUGUUUGUUUUUUUAACCAAAUGUAAAUAGAUGACAUUGUUUGAACUUGUCUAUUUCCUGAUAUGCUUUUGUUGUUUUCAUUCCAUUGGAGAGUUAUCAACGUCAGCUACAGCAAUUCAUUACAGUUACCAAUUGGUGGAUCAAUUCCACAAUGAUGUUAAGAAUAUUUCACAAAAGAAAUGAUCUAUAUACCUCUAAAUGUUUGUUCCCAGCAGUGUGUGAGACAUGUGCUAGCUGUGCUUUACCUUAUGGAAUCCCAAACCACCAGACAGUGUAUACUUUUAUAUUAAUUCAUAUCAAAUAUGUUUUUUAUUUGUACAAUCAGUUUUAUACACUAUGAGCCAUUGAUCAAACCAUUGCCAUUUUAAUAUUCUUUCCAUACGUUUACAGAAACUUAUUAAAUAAUUAGCUGAG